GUACGCGUGAUUCUUAUCUGACCGUUAGAUUCUAAAUCAACGGAUGUGAUGUCCGGAGAGAGUACGUUAUGGAUGAUGGGAUAUCUGCGAAGUUCCUUCCUCGUGCCACUUAGUAUGGCUUCUUCCUUCCAUUGCUCUCCCAUGGAUUCCAAAGCUUUGCUCGCCGCCAACUCCAAACCCCCCGUCUUCUUUCCUGCAGCCGUCGCCAAAGCCUCACCGAACCCUCCCCCCGAUGCCUUCCGCUCCAAGCCCCGACAGCCUCCGGCCGUCCGAGCCCUCAAAGCCCCCAAAUUUGCCGAAGCGGACGCCUUCCCGGACUCGCUCCCCCUCCAUUCGAAGAACCCCCACGCCAUCUACAAGGACAUCCAGCGCUUCGCCCGCCUCGGCCAGCUGAAGAAGGCCCUCACCAUCCUCGACUACCUCGAGCACCGCGGCGUCCCCGUGAACACCACCACCUUCUCCGCCCUCCUCGCCGCCUGCUCCCGCCUCAAGGCCCUCGCUUUCGGCCGCCAAAUCCAUGUCCACUUGAGGAUACACGGGCUCGAGAGCAAUGAGUUCCUCCUCGCCAAGCUCGUCGAGAUGUACGCCUCUUGCGGGUCGCCGGACGACGCAAGGCGGGUGUUCGCGGAGCUCUCUCCCAAGAGCGUGUACCCGUGGAACGCGCUGCUCAAGGGGAACGUCGCCGGCGGCCCCCGGUGGGGCCACGCGCCGUUGGCUGUCUUCUCGGAGAUGCGGGGAAUGGGAGUGGAUGCGAACGAGUACACGUUCUCGUGCCUGCUCAAGAGCUUUGCGGGCUCGCCGGCCUUCGCUCAGGGCACAAAGGCGCACGCUCUCCUGAUCAAGAAUGGAUUUGCAAGUGCUUCUGUGCUCUUACAGACCUGUUUGAUUGACAUGUACUUCAAAUGUGGUAAGACUCACAUGGCGAUGAAGGUCUUCGAUGAAAUUACCGAGAGAGACAUUGUUCUUUGGGGAGCGGUGAUAGCAGGCUUUGCGCACAAUGGGUUGAGAUGGGAGGCUUUGAAGUACUUGAGAUGGAUGGGAAGUGAAGGGAUAGAGCCCAAUUCGGUAAUAGUAACAUCAAUUCUUCCAGUGAUUGGAGAGCUCGCAGAACGGCAUUUAGGCCGUGAGAUUCAUGCUUUUGUGUUAAAGAGGUUCAGGAACUAUGACAAAAUGGUAUUUGUUCAAUCAGGAUUGAUUGAUAUGUACUGCAAAUGCAGGGAUAUGGUGUCGGGGAGGCGGGUUUUCUAUGGGUCUAAUGAGCGGAAUGCAGUGUCAUGGACUGCUCUGAUGUCAGGAUAUGCAUCAAACGGCAGGUUUGAACAGUCUCUGAGAUCAGUUGUUUGGAUGCAGCAGGAAGGAAUCAAGCCAGAUGUUGUCUCGAUUGCAACAGCUGUCCCUGUUUGUGCCCAACUGAAGGCAUUGAGACAAGGGAAGGAGUUACAUGCUUAUGCUGUGAAAAAUUGGUUCUUACCAAAUGUCUCCAUGUCCACUUCAUUGAUGACCAUGUAUUCAGCAUGUGGAAACUUGGAGUAUUCCUGCAGAUUGUUCGAUAUGAUGGAGAAAAAGAAUGUCCUUGCUUGGACAGCCUUGGUUGAUUCAUACCUGAAGAAUGGCUGCCCUUAUGAUGCAUUGCAUGUGUUUCGAUCCAUGCUCCAAGCUAACCGGAGGCCAGAUGUUGUUGCAUUAGCUAGGAUUUUGAACACUUGCGGUGAGAUAGGGGCAUUAAAACUUGGGAGGGAAGCACAUGGUCAACUGUUGAAAAUGAAACUAGAGUCAGCACCUAUUGCUAUAGCAGAAGUAGUGAAAAUGUAUGGCAAAUGCAGAGAUGUUGAGACGGCAAGGAAGGUGUACGAUAGGACCGAGACUAAAGGAUCUCUAAGUUGUACAUCUAUUAUAGAAGCUUAUGGUUUUAACUCUCAGUACAAAGAAGCUAUUUAUCUCUUUAAUUCAAUGCUAUUGAAUGGUUUUGUUCCAAACCAUUUCAUGUUUGAUGCAAUCUUGAGAAUUUAUGAGAGAGCAGAGUCGGUUGAUGCAGCUCUCAGAAUAUUUAAUAUGAUGAUCCAAGAGUAUGAUCUGAAGGCCUCCGAAGAAAAUUAUGACUGCAUUAUCAACCUUCUUACUCGUGUAGGUCGGAUCAAUGAAGCACAGAAGUUUCUCUAUUUAAGAUCCAUGUUGCUCUCUGUAUGAUGUGCAUGUCACUUGAUUUCUGGCUGGGGGUGCUUCCCUUGAUAUGGUCUAUUUUCUGGAAUCUGAACAUUGAGUUGUUGAUUUGGAUCAGAGGGAACAGGUUCUUCAGAUAUCUAAUCAUUAGCAGCUGAACUGGCUGAUACUUGAAAAUGUUGUCCAAUCUCUCAAGAACUUAUUACUGUUCUAUAUGUUCAUUGCAGCUGAUGGAUCCAGGGAGGGGAGGAUCAUUCCCGUUAUGCCUAACAACAUAAAGGAUCCAAGUUUGCUGUGAUUUAGUUUUUUAUUUUUUUGUUUAAAAAUACCAGUUCUCCGGGAGCGUAGGGGAAACAAUGUACAUACUAGACAACUGAAUUCCAAGUCUGAACUCCAUCCCUAGCUGUUGAAUUCUUCUUUUAUUAUUUGACACUACCAAGAAUAGCAUCACUUGAGUAUUAGCCUUAGAGAGGCAAAGACUGUCAGAUCAUGAAGAGGAUCUCUUUGCUGCAGCAGCAGCUGCUGCUGGUUUCCAUGUGAUGAACAAAGAGAGAAGCCAGAAUGCGUCAGGUUUUACGACAAUGCUGUCGAUGUACAGCCUAAUAAUUGCUCAUCAUGUCCCUAUUCUCAAGUCAAUUUGCUGGCCUGCCUGCUGUAGAGUUUGCAUCAUUUCUCCUCUCUCCUCUCUUCUCAGAUUUGAAGCUUGGUUGGAGUCUGACCAGACCUUGAGCUGCAAGAGGUGAAACCAUGUUGCUAAGUUGCUUAUCUUUAUGGAGCUAUGGCUUGCAAGGAAGCAUGCAAAGCUAUUACAGAUCUGUGAAAGUGUACCUACCACACUGUUCAUCUCCUGGUGCUGCUGCUGCUGCAGCUACUACUGCUGAAAUCUGAGGCACCAGUUACAUUUGGGGUGCAUGUAGUGGAGGAGCUAAGGAAUCCCUUGUGAAUGUAGCCAAGAUACUUGGCUUUGUUUCAGAGGACAAAAACCUAAUUGUGAGUCUUAGUUCUUCAUCUUUGGCCAUAGAAUCUAUUAUGUUAUGGUCA